CUCAGGGAAGAGUGAGUGAGUGAGUCUGUGGCUGUGUUUAGGGGAGUGAGGGAGUGAAGAGUGAGUGAAUAAGUAAAGGAGUGAGUGAGUGAAGGAGUGAAGAGUGAGUGAGUGAGUAAGUAAAGGAGUGAGGGAGUGAAGAAGUGAAGAGUGAGUGAGGGAGUGAGGGAGUGAAGAGUGAGUGAGGGAGUGAAGAGUGAGUGAGGGAGUGAAGAGUGAGUGAGUCUGUGGCUGUGUUGAGGUUCUCAGUAAGAUGAGUGAAGUGGAGCAGAAGCCUUCAGUCCCCGGUGGAGAUGGAGAGGAGCAGGACAACAGCCAGAGGAACAAAAAACCCAGACCUCCGAAGCCGAGCUCCGCAAUCACGAUCGCCGUGUCGUCUCGGACUCUGUUCAACAUGGUGGAGGAGAGGAAGCUCUAUGAGGAGGAGGGACUGGAGCAGUACGUCAGCUACAACCAACAGCACGAGAACCAACCGCUCAAACCCGGAGCUGCCUUCCCCUUUGUCAAGGCAUUGAUGACUGUGAACACUCAUCUGAGGGAGCUGUACCCCGACAGUGAGGAGCUGUUUGAUAUCGUAUUAAUGACCAAUAACCACGCCCAGGUGGGGGUGCGGCUAAUCAACUCCAUCAAUCACUACGAUCUGCUGAUUGAUAGGUUCUGCAUGACGGGGGGUCAGAGCCCAGUCGGGUACCUGAAGGCGUACAUGACGAACCUGUACCUGUCUAAAGACCCGGAGACGGUGAAGGAGGCCAUUGAGGAGGGCAUCGCGGCAGCCACCCUGUUCACUCCGGAUAAGAAGAUGGAGUUGAGCGAGUCUCAGCUCCGAGUGGCGUUCGAUGGCGAUGCUGUGCUUUUCUCAGAUGAGUCUGAGAUCAUCAUGAAACAGCAAGGGCUCAAUGAGUUCCUUGAGCAUGAGAAGGCAAACGUGAACAAACCCCUCGCUCAGGGUCCUCUCAAGUGUUUCCUGGAAGCGUUGGGGAAACUGCAGAGGAAGUUCUACUGUAAGAACGAGCGCAUGCACUGCCCGAUCCGUACGUUCCUCGUGACGGCGCGCGGUGCGGCGAGUUCCGGAGCUCGGGUGAUAAAUACGCUGCGCAGCUGGGGACUGGAGAUCGAUGAGGCACUCUUCCUCGCUGGAGCUCCCAAAGGUCCUCUCCUAGAGAAGAUCAAACCCCACAUUUUCUUCGAUGAUCAGAUGUUCCACAUCGAGGGAGCCAGGGAGUCCGGCACCAUCGCUGCACACGUGCCUUACGGGAUCGCACAGAAAUAUAACAAUGGAAAACUGAUCGAGCAGCCAGAAAAACAGGAAUGAGACGAUGGGAACGCUGAGGGUCACGAUCAGAAGCAUACAGUCUGAUCACUAAUCACCAUCGCUUAGUUUAUAAAGAGCACUUCAGUUAACUAAUCUCAGUCAAAGCUUUAUAGUCUGCUUAUUAAAUAUGCGCUGAUUAUCAGAAACCUGAGUUCAGGAGAAGAAACGCUCCAAGUGACUGACACACACACACAGAGUCCUAAUCUGAACUGGGUAUACAGGUCUGACUGGUGAAACUUUAAAGUAAGGGAUGGGGUUAGGGUAAGAUGUGGGAGGAGUCUGGGUGUGGAGCGCGGUUAGAGCUUUACUUACGGUUACUUACAUUUUAUAUCUCCAUGAUAUUAAACUUUUAUAUACAGUGGGAUCUUUUUAUAAGGUAGGGGUGGGGUUAGAGUGAAGGGGUGUGGUUACCAUGUGAGGGUGGUUCAGAUUCAGACAUGGGGCGGCGUUGGGUCAAGGGGCAGGGUUAGAAUGGAGGUGGAGAUCGGAAUCUUGUCACGUUUACGUCUGUAAAAUGUCAGAGGUUGUUACCAUGGUUACAGCUUGUUUUCUCGUGUAACCUGAACAAUAACAAAUAACAAAUUAAUAAUAACAAAUUUGGGUUUAAUAAUACAACGUUUAACGUUGCUGCAUCUUCAAUACUGAAAAUAUUUAAACAGGUUUAUUUUCUCUCAUUUCUCUGAUUAUUAUGGUCUGUAAUUUUGAUUUGUUGAUGUUCUUGGUUCUGUUUAACUCGUUCUGGUGGUUUCUAAGGCAACAGAGUGAUGUUUUAUAAAAUAAAACGGUAUAUUAACAGUAUCGACAGCGUGUGGGUGCUGUGCAGUGGUUUAUAACGAGAGUCGCAGUUUUUAGUUCAGUAUGAAAUAUUUUUACAGGGUCCGAGAGAAACCUGUUGGAUUUAUAGCUGAUGAUAAUUCAGUUUGUGCACUUCUCUGAGAAUUUUAUUUAAAUCAUUUUACUGUUUUUUACUAAAUAAACCUGAAAUUGA